AUGAGGUCUUCCAUGAUUCUUCUCAUUGCCACCGGCCUGGUGUCGGGUCUGAGCAUUCCCAAGCUGGAUGCUCGGGGUGUUGCCAUCCGCGAGGAGGCCGCUGCUCCUGCCGCUCCUGCUGCCCCUGCCGCUCCUGCUGCCCCUGCCGCUCCCGCUGCUCCCGCUGCUGAGGCACCUGCUGCUGAGGCUCCCAAGGCCUCUGCUCCUCCUGCUGAAGCUGCUCCUCCUCAGGCUACUACUCCUCCUGCUGCUGCGCCUCCCGCUGCGGGUGGCGACGCUGCCGCCGAGGAGGAGAAGAAGAAGGCCGAAGAGGAGGCGGCCAAGAAGGCGCAAGAAGAAGCCGCCAAGAAGGCCCAGGAGGAGGCCGCUAAGCAGAAGGAGGACGCUGCCAAGGCUGACAAGGCCAAGCAGGAGGCCGAGAAGGCCCAGAAGGAUGCUGCUAAGGAGGCAGCAAAGAAGGCCGAGGAGGCCCAGAAGGAGGCUCAGAGGGGCAACAACCGAGGCAACAACAACAACAACAACAAGAACAACAACAACAAUAAUGCUCAGGUCCUUCAGAACAUCCAGCUUCUCCUGGCCGCCAUGGGUCUCAACAAUGUUGUCAACGUCAACGCUCUCGCUCAGCUCCAGGCCCAGCAGCAGCUCAUCAUGCUCGCUCAGCUCCAACAACUUGCUCAACUGACUUCCGUUGGUCUCAUCCAGCCCGUUCAGCUUGUUGGCUUGAUGCAGCAGGGCAUUGUCGUCAACGGCAUCCAGAUUGGCAUGAGUGGCGGCAAGCAGUAG